CAUACGCAAUUCUAGCCAGAGAGAAACAGUUCCCCUCUACUAACCCUCUUUAUUCCUUACAGAGAUAUUUAGAGCUAUGGCAGUUUCCUCAGAGAACUCGAAAGGGGAGUUGAGCCAGUAUAUCUCAAAAGAAGACAUCGAGAAAUUUCUGAUGGCACUCAAAGUUGGAGGUCAGAUGUCAGAAGAUGAUAUCAUAAAAACCCUUAAAUUACUGGAAGUCAAAAUUCUAAAUACUAAGAUGCCUACUACAUUCUGCCGGAAAAUUACAGGUGUCCUUAUCAACUACCUGAGGAGAAUGGAGACAAAGGGAGAACUGGAAAAGGCAUUCACUGCGGUCCUAAUGGCUCUGGGGUCACAUUUUCCAGAAGUGAUCAUUGUCAAGCUAUGGGAAAGACCAAAUACACGCUGUCUGCCCCCAAGGAGCCUCAUGGUUGCAGUGGGGAAGAUCAUCCUUUCCCAAGAUACAGUUUCUUUCGUUGGUUCUAUAUGGAGAUAUAUCCAGCCUCUUCUGAAGUUGGCCCAAGAGGAGAAUGACAUGUUGGCAAUAUGUCAUGUAUUCUAUGGAUUGGUCAUCAGUGCCCAGAAACACCUGGAUUCCUGGGAUGAUAAGGUGACCGGCUUUAGUCAAAGGGAAAUGUCCAUGAAGGCCUACAUCACCUUCCGCAUCUUCCUUAACCGUUGGCCUUUGAAGAGCAAGGACAAGGCACAGGUGACAGAGCAGGUUCUGCAGAUAAUGGGCCACCUUUUCUUCCUUAUGCCACCAUCCAAACUCAAGAACCAAGUGAACCGGUUAACACGAUGGUUAAUGAUUUUGAUGUCCACGAAAGUGACACCUUUCUACAUUUCCCAGAUCCAGCUUUAA